CGCACACUGAUGACGUCGCUCAACGCGUCACCGGCAGACUGAGCAGUGGUCCACCGAUGAUGACGCGAUUCUCCCGACGCAUCUCGGUUGAAGUCGUUGGAUGCUGGAGCUAUCUUGGUCUCGUGAAGUGGCAUGUUCACCCCGCGUGUCCCCCAUGCGAUCAGGGCCCCCCGCCGGUUUAGUUCAGCGUUGCGUGAUAAUCCAAAGAGACGAGAAUGGCUUUGGUUUGACGGUCAGUGGAGAUAACCCUGUCUUUGUUCAGUCUGUUAAAGAAGAUGGAGCUGCCAUGCGAGCUGGAGUUCAGACUGGAGACAGAAUCAUUAAGGUUAAUGGCACUUUUGUCACACACUCCAAUCACAUAGAAGUAGUCAAGCUCAUAAAAUCUGGCUCCUAUGUGGCACUAACAGUUCAAGGACGACCCCCAGGAUCUCCGCACAUCCCCCUUUCUGAUUCUGAGCCAGAUUCACUUUUGUCUCCCCAGUCCCCAAGCACCCCAGGGCAUCUUGACAGGAUAAAAAGCCCUGUACUUGUUGGGGAUGAGAACAAUCUUAUACAAAGCCCAAAGCUAGAGAUAUUAAAGAAGAUAUUUCAGCAAGAACAGUUGCAACAUGGCUCAAACUCGUUACAAAUCAAUGAGCUGGAUGCAGACUAUGGUGACCUUGUGCGCAAUGAUUACAGCAGUGGUUUCGGAUCACGUCCAAACAGUGAAACUGCAGAUAGUCCGCGUAGUGGACUGAGAGAGAAACACUUCUUAGAAGAGAGCCCAGAGAAGAUUGAGCUUCUGGACACCGACUCUCAGUCUAGCAUUGGAAGCCCAUCCACUUGCAUUGCACACUGUAUCAUUGGAGCAGAAGAUGACGACUUUGAUGCUGAACAAGAGCAGCAAGUUGAUGGCCAGUACAACUGUUUCCAGAGCAUGGGUCUUCUAAAAUCGCACCCUGCUCAUUUGGCUGUGUUUAUCCACCAUGUAGUUUCCCAAUUUGACCCCUCAUCUUUGCUUUGUUACCUCUAUGGAGACUUUUAUCAGCAAAUUAACUCCAAAGAAGCACGGAGAAUCUUUAUGGAAUUUCACCAGUUCUUCUUAGAUCGAGCUGCGCAUCUUCGUGUUUCAGUGCCAGAAGAUCUUGCUGCUGAUUUAGAAAAAAGACGCCAAGAACUUAUUCCUGAAGAUCUGCAGCGACAGUAUGUCCAAACAGUGCAAGACAAGCUUUACCCAGAAGUACAAAAGCUUCUAGAAGACUUCAGGCAGAAGCGCAGCAUGGGAUUGACCUUGGCUGAUGGAGAACUAGCCAAACUGGGUGCAGAACACUCAAAAGAUCGAAGCAUUUUAGAGAAAGAGCGAGUCUUCGCAGAAACCAUUAUUCAGAAGGUUGAGGAGGUCUUACUAGCUUUACAACCACAUGAGGAAGAAAAAAGCAACACUAUCCAGUAUGUGAUCCUAAGCUAUAUGAAACAUCUUGGUGUGAAGGUUAAAGAAUCUCGAAGCCUAGAACAGAAGCGUGGCCGCAUUGGUUUCUUGCCUAAAAUUAAGCAAAGCAUGAAGAAAGACAAAGAGGGGGAGGAAAAAGGGAAGCGCAGAGGGUUCUCCAGCAUACUAGGACCUCCACGGAGACCAAGUCGCCAAGACAGUAAUGCAAUAUCUAGGGCCAUGGAAAUGCAAAAGCAGAGACACCAUAAGCACUUAUCCACAUCCUCAUCCAGUAGCCCUGAACCAGCAGAAGGUAGCAGAUUACGCUCCAGUGGUGGAUCAGUAGAGGUUCCAGAUGGAUAUUUUGUCCAAAUAUCCACAACAAAGCUACUCCCAGUUUUCAGUUCCUCAGAAGAGGGCAAAGAAGUGGAAGGAGCUCUAAAAGCUGAGGUCUUACCCUCUGAUUCUAGUGAAGGGACAUCUCGUAUAUCUGGUACCAUCUUUGAUAGCCCAUCCUCUCCUUUAGACCUUCUUCAUGAGGAUGUUGGCGAUACUGAUCGGUCUAGUGAACUGGGGACUCCAAAGCCUUUCAGAAAGUUGGAGAGCAUGAGUCUUAUUGAAUGUCAAAGCGAGGACGAACUGUACGAUAUGGGUCUGGAGACUGAUCCCCCUAACUGGCAGCAGCUUGUGAGCAGAGAUAUCCUAAUGGGUCUGAAACCACAUGAAAUCAAACAACAAGAGGUUAUAAAUGAGUUGUUUUACACCGAGCGAGCUCAUGUUAGAACUCUCAAUGUCCUAGAUCAGGUGUUUCACCAGCGUGUGAUUCGUGAAAGUCUUUUAACUGCCGCAGAAACCCGUAGUGUGUUCUCCAACUUGGAGGAGAUUCUGCAGAUACAUGUUGGUUUAAAUGAACAGAUGAAAGCUGUCCGGAAACGUUAUGAAACCUCUUUGAUUGGUCAGAUUGGUGAUGAUGUACUCAGUUGGUUCAGUGGACCUGAGGAGGAGAAACUGAAGCAGGCAGUUGCCACCUUUUGCAGUAAUCAGCCCUUUGCUUUAGACAUGAUCAAAUCCCGACAGAAAAAAGACUCAAGGUUCCUGACAUUUGUACAGGAUGCAGAGAGUAACCCACUGUGCAGACGCCAGCAGCUGAAAGAUAUUAUUCCAACUGAGAUGCAGAGGCUAACCAAAUAUCCACUUUUACUUGAUAAUAUUGCCAAGUACUCAGACCGUCAAGAUGAGAAGGACAAGAUUAAAAGGGCAGCAGAACACUGCCGGCGGAUUUUGGAUUAUGUGAAUCAGGCUGUAAGGGAAGCAGAAAAUAAACAGAAAUUAGAGGAUUACCAACACAGACUGGAUCUAUCCUAUUUAAAGCCAGGAGAGUAUCCUAUGAUUGAUGAAUUAAGAAGUCUUGAUUUAACCAAAAGGAAGAUGAUUCACGAGGGUCCUUUAGCGUGGAAAGUGAAUCGAGAUAAGACGAUUGAUCUAUAUACCCUUCUUUUGGAGGACAUCCUGGUUUUGCUUCAGAAGCAAGAUGACAAACUGAUUCUUAGGUGUCACAGCAAGAACCUGGCCUCCACUUCCGACAGCAAACACAUAUUCAGUCCCGUUAUCAAGCUCAGCACUGUAUUAGUACGACCUGUGGCGACUGAUAACAAGGCUCUGUUUGUAAUAUCCAUGUCAGAAAAUGGUGCUACAAUUUACGAGCUGGUUGCAAACACUGUUUCUGAAAAAAAUGUAUGGCAGGACCUGAUAGCAAGGAUGGCUGCUUCAAGGAAGGUGGAGGAUAAUAGGCCAGUAAUUCCUUUACCGACCGUUUCCACAGCGAUCACUAGUGUUGAGGAAUCAGAAAAUGGGGACCAGCAGAAAGUGGACACUGUAUGUACUCCAGACAAUACCUCCUCCCUGCAGUGUUCAGGCAAAGACCCAGACACUGAGGCAGUAGUUAUGCCUAAAUAUUUUUCUACACCUGAGACACCUGAAAAUGACGUUUCACAAACUACAGGGCAUGACACAUUUAAUCUGCACAAAAUGGAGUCACUUCCCAAGCCAAGUCCUGCCUCUUCUCACCAUUCAUCAGAGCACCAUCGAGCCCUGGAUGCACUCCACAACCUUGGCUUACUGAAAAAGUUACUAUUACAACAACUAAUGCUCGUUCAAAAGGAAGAAACGGAAAACUUCCAGCGCUUCUGCAGUCGAAAGUCUCGUGAGCAUGUAAGGAAAAGUGAGAGCCAGCUGAGAGCAGUUCACAAUCGCCAGCAUAGGGGAAGUGAUGAUCUGUACUCAAGUGCUGCGUCCCAUUUGGAAAAAACAUGUGCAGACAGACAAUAUGACUAUAGUGCCACAGAGCUUGUUGGAGGAGCUAUUGAUAGUGGUUGUGAACCUGUUUUUGAUGCUCAGGAGCCUCACUUUGAAGAGCACGCAGAGAUUCAAUGUAAAGCAAAAAAUACAGAAGAAACACAAUUCAGGAUUUCAGGAAAGUAUCUGAUUCUGGAUGGCUAUGAGAAAGUACAAGAGAGCUCUACAGAUGAAGAUUUCUCUGGCACAGACCUUUUAGCGCAACGCACCCCACCUGAUGUAUCAGCUUCUUCUUCUUCACAUGUUGGUGAAAGACUGGCAGCGCCCAUCAGUGAGCACCUUUUGCCUGAGCCUUCUUCUGACGUAUUUAGCCACAUGCUACAUUAUAUAGCAAAUAUUGAGUCAGACCUUCAACAGCUGAAGGUACUUGAAAGUCAUUACCACGCACUACAAAACAGACUGGCAACCGCAGGCCGUUCUGACCCAGGCGAUCCUGAUCUUGCAAAGCUACUCACCGAUAAGGGUUAAGCGGGACAUCGAUGUUCUGAUUUGUGGAAUCUCAACUUAAUGGAGGAAUCUGAUUGAAAUAUCCCAUUCUAACUUGGGGAUGCGUAUAUAUAGUCUGAGCUCACUUUGCAGCAAACGCGCAAUACAGCCUCCCACCUAGCUCAUGAUCCACAUUAGCACACCAAAUGUACAGAAAUGUGUGUAUAGGAUAUAAAAAUGAUUUAGCCAUUUAAAAGAGAGCAAAAAGAAUGAGAGAUGUAUUUAUUUGUCUUUGACGUGAGGCAUGUUUUAUUUUCUUAAUGGUUUUAUUGUUACAAACACUGUUUAAUCUCUUCAUAGUUUAGAUGGGGUGUGCAAAUAUUUUUCUCCUUCUCUUCCACUUACAAAACUGAAAUAAGUGCAUAUUGCUCAUGUUGAAACUUGUCAUUGGAUACCUAUACCCUCCCGCAAUUGUGUGGAAAGGUUAAAGUGUAACUAAGCAUAUUAAUUGUAUUCAAAGUCAGGCAGACAUUGUAGUCAUCCUUAUCUAUUACAUGAGCACGAUAUAUGCAUAACACUACACAGCUAACGAGGCAUCAAAUUCUUGAAGCAGGCACCAGAAUUUAUUUUAUGUUAAGGGCCAGUAAUAAAGUUGCCUGAAUGCUUAUCUUUUUGCACUGACAUUGCCAAGCUUGUACAAAUGCAUUUUACAUUUGACUUCCUCUAUCUCUUCCAAUCCUCAAAAUGGCCACCAGCAUUUCCACAUUUGCUAACUAACGUUUCCUAUAACACUGCCAGCUACAACCUGACAGACUGCUGAAGUUAUGACCGCUUCUCUAAAACUAUUCACAAAUGUUGCACAGCAAGUGGCUUUGGGACCAGAACAUGCCAAUUUGCUCCAUUAUUUUCAUAUAAGAGAACAAAUCACGUGCCAGCCAGUGUUUUUAGCUGGUCUACAUAUCUUCUUACCACUUGAGGACCUUGCUGUUCAACUUUGCUCUCUAUAGAAGUCUGUUCUUCAGUAUUGUCGUAGAAAAACACUUUUGCAGACUAAAAGAUAAUGCAAACCUACAAUCGCUACAUUCUCUUUGUGUCAUGCGUAGUAAUUCAAGUUCUACUUUUGUAAUGAAAGUAACUUUUUUUAAAAA